AUGUCUCAGCAGAUGCCCCCAGCGAACCGUAUGACCCUACAGACCUUCAAGGCCAAGGGCGUCGGCGCCAGAAAGGGACACAGUCUUCUCAAAAAGAAGCGUGAUGCCCUAAAGAGCAGAUUCUCUCAGAUGCUCAAGGAAAUUGUGGAUACUAAGAAGGCCGUUGGUGAGAGCAUGGCCGAUUGCUCCUUCUCCAUUGCCAAAGCUAGAUGGGCCGGUGACAGUGAUUUCGUCCAGACCGUCAUUCAGCGAGUCAAGAAGCCUAGUGUGACUCUAAAAGUUUCAGCUGAGAAUGUUGCCGGUGUCUUCCUCCCCAAGUUUGACCUUCAAAGGGACACAGCCUUGGAUGUGAGCUUGUCUCACUGUGCGUAUGAAGGAACGGGAUCGCCUUCUCUUCAGCUCGUCAAGAUGGCCUCUCUACAGACAUCUUUCAUCACUCUGGAUGAGGAGAUCAAGAUGACCUCGCGUCGUGUGAAUGCUCUCGAGUAUGUGGUGGUUCCCCGCAUCGAGGGCAUCGUCCACUUCAUCGAACAGGCUAUGGAUGAGCAGGAGCGUGAGGAGUUCUUCAGAGUGAAGAAGAUUGUCGAGAAGAAGAAGGAGAAGCUAGCGAAGGAGACAGCUGAGCGUGCUGCAGAGGGAGGAGGUACGUCUUUGGUUGUGUCACUUUGUUGGGAAGCCGGUGUCCUUGCUAAGGCUGUAGGCAAUGAAAGCCAGGUCGGCACUGCUUUUGAUGACGUGAAGAAGGAUUCGGAAUUGGUGUUCUAA